AUGGCCCCAACAAGGAUAAGAGGUGCACUCAACAUUGGAUUUCAAAUGAUGAUCACAAUUGGCAUAUUAAUUGCAAACCUUAUCAACUAUGGGACUGCAAAACUAGAAUAUGGUUGGAGAGUUUCUUUAGGUAUUGGUGCAGUUCCCGCAAUAAUGUUAUGUGUAGGAGCUCUUUUCUUAGGUGACACGCCAAACUCUCUGAUUGAAAGAGGUAAAAUAGAAGCAGCUAAGAAAAUGUUGCAAAGGAUUCGUGGCAUUGAUAAUGUUGAGGAGGAGUUCCAAGACCUCGUUGAUGCGACUACAGCAGCCAAAGAUGUGGAACACCCAUGGAAGAACAUUACACAACCAAAAUAUAGACCUCAACUCACUUUUUGCUCUCUGAUUCCAUUCUUCCAACAAUUCACUGGUAUCAAUGUCAUAAUGUUUUAUGCACCCGUCCUCUUCAAAACUUUAGGCUUUGGUAACGAUACUUCCCUUAUGUCUUCCGUUAUCACUGGAGGUGUUAAUGUGGUUGCCACUGUUGUUUCCAUUUUCACCGUGGACAAGUUUGGAAGAAGGAUAUUGUUCCUCGAAGGUGGCAUUCAAAUGUUUGUUUGUCAGCUUGCUGUUGGAACCAUGAUUGCUAUGAAGUUUGGAGUGAGCGGUGAAGGCUCAUUUACCAAUGGAGAAGCUAGUCUCCUCUUAUUUUUUAUAUGUGCAUAUGUUGCAGCAUAUGCAUGGUCUUGGGGUCCACUAGGGUGGUUGGUUCCAAGUGAAAUAUGUUCUCUUGAGGUUCGAUCAGCAGGUCAAGGCACCAAUGUUGCUCCUUGCCAGAGGUGA